UCUGGGCUGAACUUGGAUCCUGACUGAAAGCCAGAGUACAGCAUUGAGGAGCCUGAAGACUGACUUGUAAUUCUGGGAACUGGUUUCAAGAAGCUAGAGUGCCAGAGAAGACCUUUGAAGUGUGAAAAUUCCUGAAGCUGAAACCAAAAUGUCAUUUAUAGAUCCUUAUCAGCACAUUAUAGUGGAGCACCAGUACUCCCAUAAAUUCACAGUGGUGGUAUUACGAGCCACCAAAGUGACAAAGGGGACUUUUGGUGACAUGCUUGAUACUCCAGACCCCUACGUGGAGCUUUUCAUCUCCACCACCCCGGAUGGCAGGAAGAGAACACGACACUUCAACAAUGACAUCAACCCUGUGUGGAAUCAGACCUUUGAGUUCAUUCUGGACCCUAAUCAGGAAAAUGUUUUGGAGAUCACAUUAAUGGAUGCUAACUACGUCAUGGAUGAGACUCUAGGGACAGCAACAUUUUUCAUAUCUUCUAUGAAAGUGGGGGAGAAGAAAGAAAUUCCAUUUACUUUCAACCAAGUCACUGAACUGAUUCUGGAAAUGUCCCUUGAAGUUUGCUCAUGCCCAGACCUACGAUUCAGUAUGGCUCUGUGUGAUCAGGAGAAAAUUUUCAGACAACAGAGGAAAGAGAUCAUAAAGGAAAACAUGAAGAAACUCUUGGGUCCAAAGGAGAGUGAAGGAUUGUAUUCCACACGUGAUGUGCCUGUGGUGGCCAUUCUGGGCUCAGGUGGGGGUUUCCGGGCCAUGGUGGGAUUCUCUGGUGUGAUGAAGGCACUGUAUGAAUCAGGAAUUUUGGACUGUGCUACUUACAUUGCUGGUCUUUCUGGCUCCACAUGGUACAUGUCAACCUUGUACUCUCAUCCUGAUUUUCCAGACAAGGGGCCAGAAGAGAUUAAUGAGGAGCUAAUGAAAAAUGUUAGCCACAACCCGCUCUUACUUCUCACCCCACAAAAGAUUAAAAGAUAUGUUGAGUCUUUAUGGAAGAAAAAAAGCUCUGGCCAGCCUGUCACUUUCACUGACAUCUUUGGGAUGCUCAUAGGAGAAACACUAAUUCAUAAUAGAAUGAACCUUACUCUGAGUAGUCUGAAGGAGAAGGUCAGUGCUGCACAUUGUCCUUUGCCUCUUUUCACUUGUCUCCAUGUUAAACCUGAUGUGUCUGAGCUGAUGUUUGCAGAUUGGGUUGAAUUUAGUCCAUAUGAGAUUGGAAUGGCUAAAUAUGGUACUUUUAUGGCUCCUGACUUAUUUGGAAGCAAGUUUUUUAUGGGCACAGUUGUGAAAAAAUAUGAAGAAAAUCCCUUACAUUUUUUAAUGGGUGUCUGGGGUAGUGCCUUUUCCAUAUUGUUCAACAGAGUUUUGGGAGUUUCUGGUUCACAAAAUAAAGGUUCCACAAUGGAGGAAGAAUUAGAGAAUAUUACAGCAAAACAUAUUGUGAGUAAUGAUAGCUCGGAUAGUGAUGAUGAAUCCCAAGAACGUAAAGGCACUGAAAAUGAAGAUGCUGAAAAGGAGUAUCAAAAUGCUAAUCAAGCAAGUUGGGUCCAUCGUAUGUUGAUGGCCCUGGUGAGUGAUUCGGCUUUAUUCAAUACCCGAGAAGGACGCGCUGGGAAGGUGCACAACUUCAUGCUGGGCUUGAACCUGAACACAUCUUACCCACUGUCUCCGCUGAGAGACUUCACCACGCAGGAAUCCUUCGAGGAUGACGAACUUGAUGCAGCUGUAGCAGAUCCUGAUGAAUUUGAGCAAAUCUAUGAGCCACUGGAUGUCAAAAGCAGAAAGAUCCAUGUGGUAGACAGUGGGCUCACGUUCAACCUGCCCUAUCCCCUGAUCCUGCGGCCACAGAGGGGAGUGGACCUCGUCAUCUCCUUUGACUUUUCUGCAAGGCCAAGCGACACAAGCCCUCCAUUCAAGGAACUUCUCCUUGCAGAGAAAUGGGCUAAGAUGAACAAGCUCCCAUUCCCGAAGAUUGAUCCAUAUGUAUUUGAUCGUGAAGGACUGAAGGAGUGUUAUGUCUUUAAGCCCAAGAAUCCUGAUGUGGAAAAGGACUGCCCCACUAUCAUCCACUUUGUUCUAGCCAACAUCAACUUCAGAAAGUAUAAGGCUCCAGGUGUUCCAAGAGAAACGCAAGAAGAGAAAGAAAUAGCUGACUUUGACAUUUUUGAUGAUCCUGAAUCACCAUUUUCAACGUUCAACUUUCAAUAUCCAAAUCAAGCGUUCAAAAGGCUCCAUGAUUUGAUGUACUUCAACACCCUGAACAACAUUGAUGUGAUAAAAGAUGCCAUUGUUGAAAGCAUUGAGUAUAGAAGACAGAAUCCAUCUCGUUGCUCUGUUUCACUCAGUAAUGUGGAGGCAAGAAGAUUUUUCAACAAGGAGUUUCUAAGUAAACCCACAGUGUAAUCUGAGUGGCAGGAAGUUCAGUCUUUUUUAAUGCAGAAGCUCACCUGUAAUUCCAUGACAACUGGAUUUAAAAACACAGAUUGUACUGAAACUAAGAGACUGGCUAAUUCUGCAGCUGUUUGCCUGUAUGGGAAUAAUGCUGUUACAAGUUGUGCGGUUGAUAAAUGGUGUGGAUCCUGUAGCACUGUAUUUUGUAACCAGUUCCUGUCUGUAGGAUUUCUUGAUAUCAACAGUAAUAAUGUAUACUGUAUUUAAAAACAUUUCGUAUCAACCUUUUCUUGUUCCUUUUCUUUUGAUAUGGUUUUCUUUUAAAAAUAUUUAAUAGUCCAAUUUCAGUAGGUAAGGUUUCCUAUUGUGUGUGAAUGUUACUCACUAUUGAGAUUCAUUCAUACCAUGAUACAACACUAUUUUAUUUAUGUAUGUA